AGUCGGCUUCAUAGCUAUAUAUACGGAGAGGAGACAGCCGAGCGCGAGCCGUUUUCUGCAGCUUGCCGGCGCGUUCAUUCAUUAUGGUGGAGAGCUUUGUAGGAACCUGGAAGCUCCUAGAGAGCAAGAAUUUCGAUGAAUAUAUGAAAGCUAUCGGUGUGGGAUUUGCCACAAGACAGAUAGGAAAUGUCACCAAACCCACAACUAUAAUAAGCCUGGAUGGGGACCGCAUUGUUCUCCAGACACAAAGUACCUUCAAGAGUACAGAGGUUAGAUUCAAACUCAAUGAGGAAUUUGAUGAAACCACUGCUGAUGAUCGAAAAUGCAAGUCCUUGGUCACGCUGGAGGAUGGCAAGUUGAAGCACUUGCAGAAGUGGGAUGGUAAGGAGACCAUAUUAGUCAGAGAGGUCGAUGGAGACAAGCUUACACUGACCCUGACGUUGGGAGAUGUGGUUAGCACACGUCACUACGAAAGAGCCUGAGGACCUGCCACAAGCCUUCUAACAAGAACCAUUUUGUGUUAUCAAGUUUUAUGAUGAAUUUGUAUCUGUUCAUAAAAUUUGCCAAACAUUUUUGUCCUAGAGCUCAAACACGUUAUACAAAGAUUGGUACAUAUUAUGGAUGCAGCAUUUACAGAUAAUUUCUGUACAGUUGUGCCAAAGACAGCCUCCUGCAGAAGGUGCAGACAUCUGAUGCUAGUAGCUUAUGAAUUCAUCAGAUAUCUGCAUAAUCAUGGGCCGAAGGCCAUGUAAUGCAAAAUAACCAGCACCCAUCACUACUUAAAAACACUUUCGCCAGCUUUGUAAUACAGUUUGAAAGUUAAAUCCCUGCUACCGUCUU